UUCCUACUGCAAGUGGUCGUGGAGCUUGUGGAUAAGAACUCCUUCAACUUUUGUCCUUACUUUUACCCUUUACGCUAAUCCACAUCGGCUUCGUGUAGCCGAAUUGUAGUGAGAACAGAAUUCUGCAAAAUCUCAAGAAAUUAUGGAAGCCACUAUGUCUUUGAAUGCGCUUGUUCGUCUUCCUCCUUCGACUUCCAGGUUAAACGAUGACGCUUUGGUCAGGCAUUCACUGUUUUCCGCUCCGACUAUCCACGGCCCUCCGCAGCGGUGUCGCCGCAGUAUGCUGGUGGUUGAAGCGAAGGGCAAGAAGGGGAUGAUGGCACGUCAGUAUCAGCGCCCUCCUCCUCCUCCCUUGCCCAAGAUUGAGGACGAUGGCAACCCUAAAUUUGUUAUCUUCAUUCGCAUGGCCAAUGUAUAUCUUUGGUACCCUCUUAGUAUAGUGACUGGUGGAACCACUGCUAAAAUCAUGGUUGCUGCGAAAGAUAAUUUUUUGGGGAAAUACAUUUACAAAGAUACCCUUGAUAGGAAUCUAGCAGCAGUUAUUUACCGGGAUGAAAAGGAAAUACAGAAAACUGCAUUCAAGCAGCACCGAGUCCUGCGCAAUGCUACUGAUUUCAGAUAUGGCUACAAACUAAUUGAAAAUGGCAAUGUUAGAGCUGCUAUUUCUUCUUCAGAUGUUAUUGAGCUUCCAACAAAAGAUAAGCUUAAAACUGUACUUGAUAAAGUGAAAGACUUUUUUGGAGAUGCAAAGGAGUCCUUCGGAAAGAUAACAGCAUUGAAUUCUACAACGACUGAGGAAUCAAAGGAAGAAGAUACAGCAGAGAAAGCUCAGGUUAAAGGAUGAAGGCAUAGCUGGAAACAAUUUGCUUGACUUGUUAUCUGUAGCCAUUGGCUUCCUCCGGGAUCGUAAAGCUUCACCUCAUCUAUGUAUAGAUUGCUUCACUGAGAAGCUGCCAUGCCCAACAAGUCUGCUCUACGAGCAACAACUUCAUAAUGCUGAUCAGAGAAUCUAUGGUUGGAGGAACUCUUGCACAAAACUACCGACUUUUAAAAUUCCAUGCCUUUUGUUUUUUCACAAUUUUAUUUAAAGACUUUAUUAUGAACCUGACCAUGUUUUGGAAUUUUUGUUCAGUAGAAUCUAGAGUAUACACAUCCGAUAAUAUUAUCAUGCAAAACUUUUCUUCACAAUAAGUAAAGUCUAUGUAAAAUUUUAGAACAGUUAUUGAUGGGUCAUAUGCAAAUUAAAUAAGGAGAAGCCUUAUGCAAUUUAA